UUAAAGUGAGGCAGGCAUCUCCAAGCUGCAUGGCUGUCAUUCUCGCACUACUGUUGCACAGUUCGGCCAUCCCCACUACCCCAAGGCUCACUCCAGUAUGUUCUGUAUGUUAUAUAUCUCACUGGUUAGUGGUUUAAUGGUUUAUAAUUUUGUUGUUGAGGUUCGAGUGAGGAUAGACGGUUAUGCGAAUAAUGUUACAAUAGUGAAUUGUUAAUUAUUUGCUUCUUAUAAUGCUCAAUAGUUUGGUAUCACGAUGUUUAAACGAUUUGAGGAGACAAUAAUGGAUGAUUAUCGUAUGCCUGCGAAACGUGCAAAAUUUGACAUUUCUAGUAAGAAUCGCAAAACACAAGAAGAGAUCUCUACAAAUAGAAAUGCUCAGAAUGAUGAUCUUUGGGGUGAUGAUUUCGACGAAGAAGAUAUAGAGGAAAUGGAUCUGAUCGCAUCUCAAGCUUGUGUACAGGAAGUUAACGUGAAGCUAUUUGAACAUGAUUUGAAUUCAAUAAAAUCAGGCUUUUCGGAAAGAACUGCUAUUGUCUGUAAUGAAACGUCAUGUUCAAAAUUAUCACAGAUUAACCCUAAUGUAUAUGUGAAAAAGAACAUACAGAGUACGACUCAAAAUAAUCAGGAUAUAAUGGAGAUUAAUUAUUCUCAGUUCAAAAAUAAAUUAAUAGAUAAAAAAGAUCAUAACUCAACUUUCCAAAAGGGCAAUAAUUUCAUUGUACAUGAUGAAAAGGAAUUGGAAAAAUUAAGAACUGAAAAUAAAAAAUUGUUGAAUGAUUUUACAACCAAAGAGGGUGAAACUGUAUUUCUGCGGCAGCAACUACAACAAACUCAGUUGCGAGUUGAAAAUGAGAAAUUAGAAAAGAUGCGUUUAAUUGAAGAACAAGCAAAUCGUCACAGAUCAGAGAUUAACAAAAUUUAUAAAGAAAAAGAGCAGUUAAAAACACAAUUAGAAUUACAAAAUUUAGAAAUAGGAAAUCUUCAGGAACGUUAUAAAUUGUUAGAAUUUGGAAAUAUUAAAUUGAGAGAACCACAAAUAUUAUACACGAACACUUCUGUUGAUAAAUGCCAAUAUACUAUUCCAUUAAGUCGGACCACGAAUAUAAAUAGGAAUUUAAAAAUGAAAGAAGCAUGUGUACAAGCUAAUGUUUACAAGAAAAAUGAUUAUCAACUCAAGACAAGAUAUAAUACUUGUAUAUAUUUUCCUUUUGCAAGAAUUUCAGAGUUAAUGUUUGAAGCAUCACUACCAGAAAAAUCUAUUGUUAAUAUUAAAGUCAUAGAAAAGACUGGAAGGAGAAAUUUACCCAUUUUGCAAGAAGAGGAAACAUGUAGAAUUUUUGAAAAUCCCGAAUUAGUAAAACCAAUAGUUACUAUAGUAGACGGAAGAAAAUUGACAACAGAAUUUGUUUUACUUGAGAUUGCAGUCAUUGAAAGAAAAAUUAAUACCGAGAUAGAAUCAGAAAGAUGUAUACCAAUAAUUAACAAAGUAUAUAAAAAUAUCAAUAUUUGAAUUUACAAUAUUUACAUAGAAUUAUGAUACAAAUCAUUAGAUUUAUAAUUUAUAUACAUGUGUAUAUGAAUUAUAUAUAUACAUACAUACACAUAUAUAUACAUAUAUAAUAAUAUAUCGUAUAAUGUAUAUAUGUAAAUUUGUGACAUAUACAGGGUGUCCGGUAAAUCGUCUGCAAUACUUCGGGACACAAAAACAAGGAGAAAAAGUUAGAUAAACAUAAGUCCGGAAAUAAGUCGUUUCCGAGUUAUAACGACUUUUAUGUUU